UGCCCCAAACGGAGGGAGAGCGGGCGGGGCAAAGCUCGGGCUCUGCCGCGCGCCCAGGGGGCGGUGUCACGCACGGCGGCAGCGGCCCGGCCUCUGAGCGAAGUUAUUUUGAAGGGCGGGGCGAGGACGGAGCUGCCGGAAAGAUGGCGGCGCCCGUGUCGCCCUUGGUUACCGCAGCCAGACACGCCGCCCGCCUGCUGCCGGCUCGGGCCGCGGCCCCGCGGAGAGCACACACAAUUCAGGCAGCUGAGAACAUAGCCCCUAAUACUCUAGCAGAUGCUAACUCUAGGGCCUUGUUGGUUUGCAGUGGACCUUUAGAACACUAUGACUUUCUGAUCAAAGCAGAAGAGCUGCGGAAUGAUGAACAACAACGAAGAGUCGUACAAUGCUUACAGAAGUUACACGAGAGCCUUAAAGGCUACAGUAUCAGUCCGAACAAUCUUCUGUCAAAGCUCUUUGCAAAAAGCAAACCUCCGAAAGGUCUUUACAUCUAUGGAGAUGUUGGCACAGGAAAGACAAUGGUGAUGGACAUGUUUUAUUCUUAUAUAGAAGUAGAGAGGAAAAAGAGAGUCCAUUUUCAUGGUUUCAUGCUAGAUGUACACAAAAGAAUACAUCGUCUUAAACAGAGCUUGCCUAAAAGGAAACCAGGACUAAUGGCCAAGUCAUAUGAUCCAAUAGCCCCUAUAGCUGAGGAAAUAAGUGAGGGGGCCUGUCUCUUGUGUUUUGAUGAAUUUCAAGUCACUGACAUUGCUGAUGCCAUGAUUCUGAAACAGCUUUUUGAAAAUCUGUUCCAAAACGGGGUUGUCGUUGUGGCAACAUCCAAUAGGCCACCUGAAGACCUCUAUAAAAAUGGGCUUCAGAGAGCUAACUUUGUACCAUUCAUCGCUGUGCUGAAGAAAUACUGCAGCACAAUCCGACUUGAUUCUGGAAUAGAUUAUAGGAAACGGGUUCUUCCUGCAGCAGGGAAACUUUACUACCUCACAAGUGAAGCUGAUGUGGAGGCUGUCAUGGAUAAGUUGUUUGAUGAGCUGGCUCAGAAACAAAAUGAUUUAACUAGACCAAGGAUUCUAAAAGUGCAAGGCAGAGAGCUGAAGCUGAAUAAAGCUUGUGGAACCAUUGCAGACUUCACAUUUGAAGAGCUAUGUGACAGACCAAUUGGAGCUAGUGACUAUUUGGAAAUAUCUAAGAAUUUUGACACAGUCUUUGUUCGUAACAUACCACUACUUACCAUAGCAAAAAGGACCCAAGCUCGCCGCUUCAUUACUCUUAUUGAUACGUUUUAUGAUCAUAAGGUACGUAUUAUUUGUUCGGCAUUGGCACGUCUCCAAAGCUUGUUUCUGCUAGAACAUCAUGACAGUGGCCUGGAGGAAAGCAGAAUACUGAUGGAUGAUUUGGGGUUGAGCCAGGAUUCGGCUGGAGGACUUUCCAUGUUUACAGGAGAGGAGGAAAUCUUUGCAUUUCAACGAACUAUCUCACGACUUACAGAAAUGCAGACUGAACAGUAUUGGAAAGAUGGGGACAGAAGCAAGAAAUAGUUGUAGCUCAAAGAUGAACAAAACCUCUCAGGACACACAAAAAAGUAUAUAAAGAAAAAAGAUUCUAAUAGAAUUGGAAGCAUUUUUAAUAUAAAUGAAUGGAUUAUUAUUGCACUUAUCCUCUGGACUAUAACUUUCCUUCUGCAAUGUUUACAUUUAAAAUGUAAGAGCUUAGUAAGUUGUGGUUUUGGUUUUGUUAGGUUUCUUUGACACCCCCAGCUUGUGGAUCUGUUAUUAUGCCUUUUAUAUUUCAGGUUUUUUUCUCUAGUACAGCAUGACUUCAGUAUUCAACAUGGUUAACUGGAUCCAGCAGCGGCUCC